CUAAGGCUUUGGUAUAUACCUCGGUCGCCUGGUCGUCACUCCCCCAUCAACCGUCUUCUUCAACCACCAACUCUACAAGCAUCAUCGGACUCGGUCUCAAUGGCGCCCAGAACAGCAACACUACGACCAGCAACUGAGGACAGAGUCUCCGACUCUCGUAGUGGAAAAACCAAGCAUAAGGCCGGUCCCAUCCGACGACUCGAGAACGGUUUGCUCGAUGUGACUCGCAAGUCUGGCAAACAUAUCAGAGCGAUUAAGAUUAACUCCGAGACGCCACUGCUUCGCUUGCUGCUAGAGCUCAGGAACCGCAUCUGGGAGUACGCGCUUGGGGGCCAUGUCUUCAACUUCAUGAGUCACCAAAUCCGAAAGCCAAAAGAGGUGCUCUACAUUGCACGCACUCAGAACCUACAGAAAUAUCCUAUGACCCUGCUCCAAGUUUGCUGCCAAUAUACGCCGAGACAGCGCUCCUGCCGUGCGAGCUUAACGCAUUCCGGUUCGAAGCAGAAUAUGCUUUUGGGUGGGUUGCGGGGCUGCGCAAAGUACAACAAGCACUCAUUGCGGAGGUUCGUAUCGUUACAGAAGGUGCUGCUCGUAUGAUGAGAUUCAACCAAAGGUCGCUAAGCAUAUCCCAUUUGUCAGACGCUCUCCGUAUGAAUUUGUUCCCAGGGCUCGAUAAAGUCGUUAUCGAGAUUCACAUGUCUGCUUGGAUGCGUCUUAGAUUGCGACGUCUUGGGCGAACUGCGGAAUGCUUAAUUAGAACUCAAAUACCCGAGAUC